AUGGAUUGUGAAUUGGUCCGUGACCGUGGUAACUAGUGGACGGUGUUUACUCGUCGGUUGGUGGUGGUUGAGGUGGAGUGUCAACGAGGAGAGAAAAGCAAGCAAUACGAGCAUUUCACUUGUGCAGGUUGUAAAAUUGUGUUACGUAUUAAAAUUUCCAAUUUAUUGUUCCUUUAUUUCUCAAUCGGAUAAAGUUACUGUUUACAUCAAACCUUGUUAGGUUGUUCUCAGUAAAAAGUACUGAACAAAAAGUGAGGACUGUUAGCUUCAGAAAACAAAUAACUGUAUACGAUUAACUGACAUUCAAAUACUGAGAAACUUUUAAAUACUUACAAAAUCAUUUAAAGAAGAAACAUGCUCUAUUUAGAAGAUUAUUUAGAACUGAUUGAACAUUUGCCCCAAGAAUUGAGGGACAGGUUCACUGUAAUGCGAGAAAUGGAUUUGCAAGUGCAAAAUACUACAGAAAGUCUUGAGAAGCGUGUUAAAAUAUUUUUUUCACACGCAAAUGAAAUGAAUCCACAAGAAAAAGAUGCAGAAUACAAUGAAAUUAAAAAGGAUUAUUACAAAUGUUUAGAGGAUGCUGAUGAAAAGGUACAGCUUUCCAAUCAGUUGUAUGACCUAGUCGCAUUGUACCUGCGGAGGUUGGAACAAGAAUGUCACAAGUUCAAAAUGGAACUGGAAGCUGAUCGUGCGGGAAUAACUGAAAUUUUAGAAAAACGAUCAGAGGAGAUGGAUGCUUCUGCUGGCAAUAACAGUCAAAAAGAAAAUCUUUAUUCUGUUGUCGUCAGUAGACCGAGUGCAUCUUUGAGUGAAAAGAAACGGGACACUUCAAUUAGUGAAUAUAAAAGAUUGUUAAAUGUAGAGAAAAUGUUACCCGAUGUGCGGCCGAUGAGUGCACCGGCCAAUCCGCCCACCGUGAACUACAGUCUCAGCCAUAUGGGGGCUGGUGGUACGGCGAUUGCGGCAGCUGCUACACAAGCCAUUGUGGCCACACAGCAGAUGCAGCAAGGCAGACGCACCGCUAGCCUGAAGGCAUCGUACGAAGCUAUCAACUCGAUUGUUAGUGGAGUGACCGUAAGUAGCUCACAUGAACUGGGCAUAAGUAAGGAACUGGCCGGGGCUGCCCAGACGGCGAUCGCUGCCAUUCAAGACACGAGUAAGAAGAAUAAGAAGAAGUCGAGUGCUAGCAGCUCUAGUAGUCAGUCCUCGGCUACGAUAAGUCUUCAAGCACCGGUUCAGGGUCAGGCGGAAUCGCCUACGUCCAGCCGUAACGACAGUUCAUAUGAUCCCAAUGAGCCACGUUACUGUAUUUGUAAUGAAGUCGCUUACGGAGGAAUGGUCGCGUGUGACAACAAGUCCUGUCCACACGAGUGGUUCCAUUACCCUUGUGUUGGGAUAACGGAUCCUCCGAAGGGGAGCUGGUACUGUCCUCAGUGCUUGGCAGCCAAAAAGCGAAGAGUGUCCAGAAAAAAGAAAACACAGCCUGAACUGGACGAUCUCAGUCAUAAUAAUGGGAUCAAACAAAUAAUGUGAAUGAAAUAAUGAAUGGUUCACAAUGCUUUAUAGAGCUAAGGAAGAUGUAUACAUUCCAUUUGACUGAAUGAUAAUUUUGUAUUUUUUUAUGGUUACUACAAUGUAACAAUUUAUCAUUGACACUAUAUUUAGUGUUCAAUUGUUUAUACAACAAUUGGUGUUUCUUUCUGAUCUAGUACUCAAAUAAUUAAGUGUUCAAGCAUUAUUCAUUGUGGAGUUUUAAAAAUAACUGCAAUCAAAAAGUGUAUUUUUAACAUUUAUAAUUGAUUUUUAUUGACUAUUUAUUGACGUCUUUUGACCAUCCAUUGUAAUAGUUUGAUAUUUUAAGCGACAAUUUGGUCCAAAAAGACUCACAAGAAGUACAUGAAAAUAUUUUAAACUAUGAGAUUGAUAAAAACAUUCCUUGACAAUUGUGUACAGUAUUAAAAACCAAGAUGAUUAGAUGUAUUUUUAUAUUUUAUAGUCAUUAGUACUACACAAAUUAAAAAAAAUGAUUAAACGUAUUUAAAUAAUACUUAUACUCCUUUGCCCUAGGCAGAUUCUCUGAUGGGGUGAUGGGGUUAAUUAUUUGACAGGAGGUUAAUGAAAAAAUAAAAUACUCGGGAACUGUACCAAGUACAAACCGAAAACACUUUCCAUUAGCUUUUUUAUAAUAUUAGUUGUUGAAUAUUUUCUGUUCAAACAAGGCUCACUAUAGCCUCCAGUUAAAUUUAACUCUUUAUAUUGAUGGACAAAUUUGUAUUAAAGUAUCUAUGUAAAUAUCAUCUGAGUGAGGUUUCAUGGUUAAGAAAAUAUACUCUAAAAUGAAAAUAUUGUGUUCUCUCAGGAUAACCAACAUUUGUGAGUGUCAGGACUGUAAAGUUAAAAGCAAGACAGGCAUUUAAAUCUGUAAACCGAGGUCAAACAGUUUUGCAACUAAGAUACAAUAGAGGAACCCAGCUAUUGGCAUGAUUUCUCAUCUUGUCUCAUGGAAAGACUUGCCAAUAGUUUAGUCUAGUGGGCAAUUUCAACCUUGGCUGGUACUUCUAUAGGUGACCACUGAACGAAUUCCUGUCCGUGCAAACCGCCUGCCCUCGGUGGUUCGGAAGUCACCUUUAAGCUAUUGGUCUCUAGCUGCUAGUGGAAGGCUUAUUAGUCCAAACUUCGCAUGUUAAAAUGAUACAUUUUUUAACUUAAUAAAAAAUGCACAUCCAAUAACAUCUUAUUUGAUAAAAUUUGUAACCAAGUUCCUUUGCAAAAAGUAAAAUUUUACAAGUGAAAUUUAGUUUUGAAAAGUAAAAAUGUAAGUUGAGGAUUUACUUUCUUUUUCAAUAAUGACUCAGUGGUCUAAUGAGUUUCUAUGAUAAACAACUUAUGGUCAGGGAAUCCUACGAUUACUGAAUCAGAUCGUUCAUUUUGUCUGAAGUUGUCACGGAACUAAAUAUAUGCUAUUGCAGUGCGUACAGUUUAUGAUGUUAGGUUUUUCUCAAAUCUGUGCAAUUGAGAUUAUUCAUUGUCUCUGAAGUUGCCAUGGAACUCAAUAUGUGCUAUGGUAGUUGCAUGCAGUUCAUGAUGUUAAGCAUGUCUCCCAAAUAUCUGCUAUGUGGGUGUCUUGAAUCCUUUCCAUUCAUUAAUUGUUCCUGAAGUUGCCAUGGAACUGAAUAUUUGCUAUGGCAGUGCAUGCAGUUCAUGGUGCUAGGUAUGUCUAAAAUCUUUGCCAUGUGGGUAUCAAGAAACGUCUUCAUUCAUUAUCGUAAUCACUGUAUGACUUUGACAGCUUUUGCUAUUUUAAGAAAAGUCCAGGAAAUAUUUAUGUUCAAACUAGUGUCUGGCAAUGAAACAUGUUUUAUCAGUGAGAUCCUGAAAUGAUGGAAAUUCCUGCCCUUGCAGUGGUGACAUAAAGGGAUCAUAUAUCAUCAAGAAAGUUUUGUUUUUAAAAGUGUAUCACAAAAGUGGUGGCAGUGUGUUGUGAGAUUUAAGGAUUAACUUGAAAAUAGAUGUACAGGAAUAGAAGUCAGCAAAGGCUACUAAAGAAAACUGGUUCACAGACCAAUAAGGAACAUUUAUUCAUAAAGACAUAGGUGUUAAAUUUUUGUAUUCUAUUUUUGAUUGGACCAAGUGUAUUCACCUGAAGGUUGAUUAUGUAGAAAAGUAAAUGAAUUCAUAUUUUAAAAUCUUUUUAUACAUUAGUUGCAAAAUAUUUUGAUUUUCUCAAAUCUCCAGUUUUACACUUAAACAAAAUGUACCGAAAUGCUAUUAUUUUUUAAACACUCCCUACCAGAGCUUACUGAAGCAGAUCAUCGUAACAGUUGAAAAAUACAGUCAUCAAUGUCUUUGCCGUCUGAUACGAAAUAUGUUUAAAUCCACAUUUGUGGAUGCUAGACUUUUUACAAUUAUUUUUAUAUUUUCCUACAAAUUUUCCAACUUUUAUAGAAUUAUAAUUACUUUUUAAGUGUUUUGUAAUGGAUUUUACCUGUUAUUAUUAAGUAAUUUAUAUUUUUAACACUAGGCUCUUCACAAUAAUAAUCGUUACUACAUGUAUAUUUAAUGAACUGUGCAUGUAUUUGGUCUUGUUUUGUUUGGGCAGGGCAUGACGGUAUUUGUACGAGUCUGUGUAGUUUUAUAUAUUUAUAAUAUCAUUUACAAUGUUUGAUCACUAAACAGACUAUUAGUUUUUAGAUUGUUUUUAUUUGUACUCUUUAAAUUUAUUUAAUUAAAAAAAAAUCAAAUCUUUUAGAUGUACAUGACAUAUUAUGUUAACACACUGCACAUAGCAUUUCAAAGAUGAUUUAAAUUUUUUAAUGGAAUUAGGAAAUACUGAUAGAGGCAUAGUGGAGAGGUGUGUUUAAAAUUAAUUAACUAUGACCAAAUAUUGCCCACUUUAUACAAUGCAGUUUGAGCUAGUGAUUUUAUUUCACAAUUAAAUAUUUUGUUAGUAAAUUAAAAAAUUAAAAUUAAUAUUUUAACUAUUACAAGCAGUGAAUUUUUAUCCUGUGACUAACCAUUGCUAUCAGUGGCCUACUUGUGCUCCUACAGUGAACACUCCAUCACUAAUUCUUUUGUCUCAGUCAGUAAUUGCUAGUAUAUUUUUAUCUUGUGACUAACCAUUGCUAUCAGUGGCCUACUUGUGCUCCUACAGUGAACACUCAUAAGACACUCCAUCACUAAUUCUUUUGUCUCAGUCAGUAAUUGCUAGUAUAUUUUUAUCUUGUGACUAACCAUUGCUAUCAGUGGCCUACUUGUGCUCCUACAGUGAACACUCGUAAGACACUCCAUCACUAAUUCUUUUGUCUCAGUCAGUAAUUGCUAGUAUAUUUUUAUCUUGUGACUGACCAUUGCUAUCAGUGACCUUCUUGUGCUCCUACAGUGAAAAUUCGUAAGACACUCCAUCAGUAGUUCUUUUGUCACAGUCAUUAAUUGUAGGUAUAUCCCUUUUUGCUCAGGGGUUGUUCAAUGUUUUUUUGUAUAAAGAGUUUAUUUUUUAUCAUAAAUAUACCUCUCCACUGUGUGUAAUUUAGUAAAGUUUUCACAUGAAUAAUUGUAGCAGUUUAAAGUUAGAUACCUUACAGCGUCCAAAAUGUUGAUACAGAUUCUAGACAUUUAGAAAUUUAGAAAUUUUUAAAAAUUUCUCAAAGUUGAUUUCCAAUAUGAAGAGGGGGAAAUUUGUACAGAAAAAUAAAAAAAAUUCUUACUAUUCAAAUACCCUAAAAGUGUUGAAACAUUUUUCAGUAUUAUUUUGUGUUACUGUAUAUAUUAAUUAUUUACUACUCUUUUACUUUGGACUGUGUAUGUAAAUAGAUUGUCUCAGCAAGUAAUGAAAUUUCGGUAUUUGUUUUACGGCUUCCUGUGCUAAAGAUGUUGUCUUUAAGAGAGUAAAAAUGUCUAAGCGUGUAUUAUGUAGUAAUUAAUUGUGGCAAAAGUACUCUCCUGUGCAUUGUUGUUAGUAUAGAUGUUAAGUAAAGUCGGUGUAAGCAUUGUAACAAAUUGUUUGUUUCUAGUCAUGUGUUUUUUAAUGUAUUUUAUUUUAGUGUAUUGUGAUGAAAGAAGAUAUCUAUCAUUAAAGUUGAUCAAGUAUCUUGAUAAAUGACCAUAAAAGUAUUUGUAAUACAUUGAUUUUAUUAAUUUUAACACAUUUGAUAUAUCUAUUGUAUAAUGUGAGUGUGAAUAAAACCAUUCAUUUGAUGAAA